GGAAAGAUGCCAGUCUGUGAGCUGGUACUGCUGGCCCUUUUUUUGUUAUUCGUGCACAGGGCUGAGUCUUUGGAGUCAUGUCGGAGGCUGGGGGAAUUUGUUCCUCAGGUGCUGGAGGUUGAUGGUGAUGUUAUUCUUGGAGGACUUUUCCCACUGCACUACAUGGCCCCAGAACCUGACCACACAUUUACAGACCGAGCAAAAUUUAAGAGGUGUAGUGGGUUUGACCUGAGGGCCUUUCGCUGGGCCCAGACUAUGGUGUUUGCAAUUGAGGAGAUAAACAGGAACCCUGACCUUUUGCCAGGGGUAACGCUUGGUUAUCGGAUUCUGGAUAGCUGCGAUCAUGUCCACACCAGUCUGCAGAGUGUUCUUUCGCUUGUUAAUGGUUCCUCUGCCCUUGAAAUAGAGGAGUCUGCAGCCAGUAGCUCUCGUAGCACUCGGUGCCUCUCCAGAGCUCCAGUUCCUGCUGUCAUAGGCCUGGCAUCAUCUACACCAACCCGAGCAGUAGCCCACAUUUUAGGGCCUUUUGAAAUCCCCCUGAUCAGCUACUUUGCCACCUGCACAUGUUUGACCGAUAAACGGGUGUACCCCUCUUUUCUGCGCACUGUCCCCAGUGAUGUCUUUCAGGUGCGAGCUCUGGUGCAGCUGAUGGCCCAUUUUGGUUGGCGUUGGGUGGGCACAAUAGGCACAGAUGAGGACUACAGUCACUAUGGCAUCCAAGCCUUCACUAAGCAGCUGGAGGAAUGGGGUGGCUGCGUAGAUUUCCACCGCACCAUCCCCAAGGUGCCUACUCCGGCACAGAUCUAUGCCAUUGUUGAUGCCCUGGAGGCCUCCACCGCUCGGGUUGUUGUAGUGUUUGCCACAGAAGGCCAGCUGCUGGAGCUGCUUUCUGAGGUAGCACAGAGGAACCUGACAGGCUGGCAGUGGGUGGCCAGUGAGGCCUGGGUGACUGCUAAAAUCCUCACAGCACCAGAGUUCCAGCAUGUGCUGGCAGGGACACUAGGGUUUUCCUUCAGAGGUGUCAGGAUCUUUGGGCUGAGUGAAUUUCUCCUGAGUGUGAGGCCCUCACCUGACUCCAGGUCUGUCUUCACUAACCAGUUCUGGGAGGAGCAGUUUGGCUGCCACCUGACUUAUGGAGACAGUGAGAUCAUGGGUAGGCCACUCUGUACUGGUUUGGAGGAUCUGGGACUGGUUGAAAGCAGCUACACAAGUGCUUCUCCAGCACGGGUGUCCUAUAACGUGUAUAAGGCAGUAUAUGCCAUAGCCCAUGCCCUGCACAGCCUGCUACGGUGCACACCUGUGGGCUCAGAUUGGAAGGGCUGUAACACUGAGUCAGAGUUCACACCAGGACAGUUGCUGCGCCAACUAAAGAGAGUAAGCUUCACCAGCCAGUUUGGGGAAAAAGUGUAUUUUGAUGAAAAUGGUGAGCCUGUUCCCCUUUAUGACAUCAUUAACUGGCAGAGAGACGACAGAGGUAAAAUCCAGUUUCAGAGAGUGGGCAGCUUCGAUGGUUCAGCCCCUCAUGGGCAGCAACUUGAAAUGGAACAGAAUUCAAUAGAAUGGACAGGAGGGCAAAGCCAGGCACCUGUGUCACUGUGCACGUCACUGUGUCCUCCUGGGACUAGGCAGGCCACUAGGCCAGGAAAACCUGUCUGUUGUUUUGACUGCCUACCCUGUGCUGAAGGAGAGUUCACAAACACAUCAGGAUCCAUAGAAUGCAUCAAGUGUCCUAUGUACUACUGGUCUAAUGCCGAGCGUGUGGCAUGCGUGGCUGGCAUUGAGGAGUUCCUUUCCUUUCAUGAGAUCAUGGGUAUCAUCCUUGUUACUUUGUCGCUCCUUGGAGUUGGUGUGGCAACUGCUGUCUCAGUAAUCUUCUUCCUCUUUCGAGCCACACCUAUAGUCAAAGCCAACAACUCAGAACUGAGUUUCCUGCUCUUGCUGUCACUCAAACUCUGUUUUCUCUGCUCGCUGGUGUUUAUGGGCCGGCCUUCACUGUGGUCCUGCCAGGCCCGGCAAGCAGCUUUUGGCAUCAGCUUCGUCCUCUGUAUCUCCUGCAUCCUGGUCAAGACCAUAGUAGUGCUGCUGGCCUUCAGGUCCACCAUGCCCGGGUCUGCCUCCCUUAAACGCUUUGGUCCUCCUCAGCAGAGAGCCUUCAUUGUUGCUUGUACUGCAGGACAGGCUGUCCUCUGUAUGGGCUGGCUGGCACUGGCGCCUCCUGUCCCAUAUAAGAACACUUCCUACCAAGGUGGCAGGAUUGUGUUGGAGUGUAAGGAUGUUUGGCCUCUAGGCUUCUACAUGGUGCUGGGUUAUAUUGGUCUUCUCUCAUGUGUUUGCUUUGUUCUGGCCUUUUUGGGAAGAAAGCUUCCAGGUACUUUUAAUGAGGCCAAGCUUAUCACUUUCAGUAUGUUAAUAUUUUUUGCUGUGUGGAUCUCAUUCAUACCAGCAUACAACAGUACCCCAGGAAAAUACACUGUGGCAGUGGAGAUAUUUGCCAUCCUGGCCUCUGCUUUUGGACUGCUGUUCUGUAUUUUUGCUCCAAAAUGUUACAUUAUUCUGCUGCGACCUGAGCUCAAUACCAAAAAAGGAAUGACUGGGAAAAUUUAA